AUGACCCUCACCAGAACUGCUGCAGAUGAGCUGUGGUCCACUGGUCGCGGCCGGGGUCUGGGAAGCAAAAGUUGGGCGGGAGGACACCCCAGAGCGCCACCAGAGGCUGCGGAUGACGUCUCCUGGCCUCGGAGCUGGACCUGGAACGGCUCUGCCAAUGGCGAGGCGGGCGAGGCGCAGGCUGUGGCGCCCCUCGCUGGUCAAUUUGUAAUACUUCCUGACUGGACUGUGCAGUACGGAGAACGGUACCACCACACUUCUGCGUGGCUGAGGGCUGGUUGGGUUGGGACUGGGGACUGGCAGUGUGAGGCACUUGAGGCACUGAGGUACUCUGCAUUAGCACCGUUCAGUUUCGCCGGAAAGCUGUUAGCUCCCAGGGAAUACCGGAUGCAGUCUGCGUGGAGAAUCGUUAGUGUUCUGGAACUGCUGAAGGUGGCCAGGCAUGCUGACUGUUGGACCCUGCCCCGAGCUGUCAAAGGGGCGUCGAACGCCUCGCUGACAGCGGCAUCGCGGCAGCGCGGGUCCUCCAGUCCUGUAGUCUGUAUUGUACCUGCCCCUCCUCUUGCCUCUAUGCCAGGGCCCAAGGCAAGCACUUCUUUGCUUCUUCGACCCAUGUCCCGCGCGACGUUUCCCGCGAUUCUGGGGCCACCCCCCUGGUGCUCUGGGGGGGAACCAUUCCUGGUCGUUUUGCAAGGAACGUCCCAAUGGUGUCACACCCCCCUCUCCCACCCCCUACUCCCUGACAAGAUCGAGGGGAUAUCUGUCGUGAGAUCCAGCAGCCCAAUCCAGCCCAGCGUCCGGGACCGUGCUUCCUGGGACUCUUUUCCCAGGAAAAAGGAGGAAGGGUCCUUCGUCAAGCUCGGCCAGGAACCUUCAACGGGUUUCUUUCUGCUCGAACUCGAAUGCUUCUACACAUGCCCGGCACACAACAAGACUUCGUGUGAGAGCCACUCUGCAGGUCGUUGCUUCUUCGGCGGUGCCGUUAUUGCCCCCAGGCAAACGUGGGCAAGACUUCCUACGGACUGAUACGUGGUAGGCAUGUUGGAUAAAGAAAGUCCAACGGUCCGAAGACGGAUAAAUCUCCGACGGAAUCACAGACAAGCGGGCGUGCUCUUCCAGAAACAGGUCU